CUGUUGUAUAUCGUCGUACGUCGUUGACUUCAGCUCCGCUCCUUCAGACCACCAAAAGUCGGAGCCAGUAUCCCGCUAUCGCUCCCAGGAACCUUAUGAAGAUCCCUUCGUCCAAAGCUCUACUGCUCAGUCUAGCCAACCUCGCCCUUCUCCGACCCGCAUCGGCAUUCAAUCUCACUCGACAAGCUCAGGUCGCCAGACAAGUCCAGGUCAUUCAGGAUCAGUUUAGGAUGGCUUCCACCAGUGACAUCGCUCAGGAAGAUAUGAAUGUUGAAGGAACCAAGUUGCAACAACACGGACGACCCGAGCUGGUCACCGGAUGGUUCCGUGACAACUACUGCCGACCCGACGUCAACGACCCUGGUGAUCACACGAUCGCUGGAAUCGUGACCAAAGAAUUCCUCGAAUUUUCUAAAGCUCGAGGCAACGACCUGAUGACCCAGGGACCCAAACUGACUGAAGGCUGCCGCUGGUGCCUCUGUGUCGGUCGUUGGAAAGAAGCUUUCGACGCCUACAAGUCGGGCGACCAACCUAAGAGCAUCGUACCCAAGAUCAACCUUCAAGGGACCGCCUUUUCUGCUACAAAGAAGAUCUCUCUUGAGGAUUUGAGGGCGUUCUCGGAGAAUAAGAAGGACUGAGAUGUUGGCAGAAAGCACGUGUAUGUAAUUGCUCGACUGAGAAGCGAGCGUGUUGUGAUAUCAAGAGU